UUUCGUCAGGCAUGUAAUCUUUCACCAAUUCAAAAGUAUUUUCGUCAAGCUCCUUUACUGACCAUAAUGGACGUCGCUGAUGUUAGUAUUAAUAUAGAAUUUUGUGUAAAUGAAGAAUGUAAUAAAAAACUUGAUAACCAAGGUGAUUGCGAUGGUACAUUCGUCCUAACAGAAACAAAAAAAUACCAUCGUGUUUUUGGUAUAUGGGAAUGCAGUCAAUGUAGUAAACAAUGGAAAAGUGGAUAUAUAUGGAUUCUGCUUCGAAAAUUUAAUAAUAGUAUUCCCGCAUCAGAAUUAAACGAACGUGACUACUAUCAUCAAGAAUGCAAAAGAUGUCAUAGUGAAAUUAAUGAAUUAAUUGAAUGGCGGCCUCUUAGAGGGGUAUCUAAUAGUAAACGACCUCAUGAAGAAGAAUUAUGUGCUAAGUGCCAAAUUGGUGCAAAAUGUCAAGAAGCGGAUAAUUCUCAUCAAAUUUUUUAUUAA